AUGGCUCGCCUCUUUAACCUUGAGUACCUGUACCUUGAUGGUAAUAGUUUCACUGGAGGCUUCCCAUCAAGCGUGCUCAACAUCUCAAAGCUAGAGAAGCUCGUGCUUUCUUCAAACAUGUUGGAUGGGCCAAUACCGCCUAAUACCAGUUCCCUCUUUAACCUUACGCUUCUCCACCUUGAUACUAAUAAUUUCACUGGAGCCAUCCCAUCAAGCCUGGGCAACAUGACUAAAUUAGAGGAGCUCGUGCUUUCGGAUAAUCAGCUCGAAGAUAUCAUACCUGAAGAGCUUGGGCAUUUAUCAAAUAUGAAUAGAUUGACACUAGGAGGAAAUAGACUAUCAGGCAGCAUCCCAACCACAAUUUUCAAUCUAUCUUCUCUUGGAAUUUUGGACGUCAGUGUGAAUUUCCUACAUAUGGCGUUGCCAUCUAACAUUGGCAGUACCCUUCCUCUCCUCCGCGUGCUUAGCUUGCACAAUAACAUGUUCCAUGGUCAAAUCCCAGCCUCACUAGGAAACGCUUCGGUCCUCCUGGCAUUAGAUUUCACAUCUAACAAUUUCACGGGCCAUGUCCCUAGUUCUUUAGGAAAUCUAACAUACCUGUACUUCCUAAAACUAGAACAAAACAAUCUUGAAGCAAAAGACAGUGAGGGCUGGGAAUUCAUAGAUGCACUGGGCAAAUGUAUGAGUCUGCAAUACCUCUUAUUAUCUGACAAUCAGCUGCAAGGAGCCCUACCAAAUUCAGUUGGAAAGUUGUCCAACAGCAGUCUCCAGUACCUACGAUUAGGGAAAAACAACUUGUCAGGGAUGGUUCCAGAGACAAUAGGGAACCUUGUUGGCUUAAAUGAGUUGGUUCUAGAUAUAUGA